AGGAGCGUCUUUACCGCCGCUCCGCCGCUCCGGGAUUUACUAACCGUUCACCGUUUACCGAGCACAACAACAAGUCACCGUGACUUUACCGUGAGCUCACACACAGCUCCGCCCCCGGUGGGACCCUGCCCGGUGAUUUACCGUCCGCUCGGUGGAGGAAACAUCACGACACUGAGAGCUGCUGCCUGCUCCGCCCCCCCACCCCCACCCCUGGACUCACCUGCCUGAAGGCCCAGGAAGUUUGUUAAAGACUGAACCAUCUGAGAGGAAGAACCUCAGAGGGGUUCAAACCCCUGACGCCCCAUCAACCCCCCUGCCUCCAAGUCCCUGCUGAGGUCAGUUCCUGAGAGAAGUAGGAGGAGCUACAGACGGGUGGAUCGAGACAAAGCUGUCGGUGGGAGGUGAGCGUGCUGUGGGCCAUGUGUUUCUGCUAAGGUCUCAUCUCCUGCCAACAUGAGGCUGACGCCCGGCUCGCCUCCGCCCGUCCUGCCAGCUAUCCUGGCUCUCACCUUGGCCGCCUUCUUACCUCAGCUGUCCUCAGGAGCCACGCCGUUCCCCCAGGACCUGGAGCCAAUCAGUAUCGUGGGCAGAGAAUCCUCCUACCUCCACCCCAGCUUCCAGGGACUCAUGUCGGACAAUGACACCGUGCGCCUGGGCCUGGACUUCCAGAGGAUGCUGAGGAUCAACCACAUGCUCUACAUCGCUGCCCGGGACCAUGUGUUCGCCAUCAACCUGGAUACUUCCUCUGAGCAGAUCGUCCCUCAGCAGAAACUGACUUGGAAGACGAAGGAUGUGGAGAAGUGCACAGUGCGAGGGAAGAACAGUGACGAAUGUUACAACUACAUCAAAGUGUUGGUGCCUCGGAACGACGAGACGCUGUUUGCCUGCGGCACCAACGCCUUCAACCCCACCUGCCGUAACUACAAGAUGUCCACUCUGGAGCAGGAGGGGGAGGAGGUGGUGGGACAGGCUCGAUGUCCCUUCGAGUCUCGCCAGUCCAACGUCGGCCUCUUCGCAGGUGGAGAUUUCUACUCAGCCACCAUGACCGACUUCCUGGCAAGCGACGCAGUGAUUUACAGGAGUCUGGGAGAAAGUAGCCCCGUGCUGCGGACCGUCAAGUACGACUCCAAGUGGCUGCGAGAGCCCCACUUCCUCCACGCCAUCGAGUACGGGAACUAUGUGUACUUCUUCUUCAGUGAGAUCGCGGUGGAGUACACCACUCUGGGCAAGGUGGUUUUCUCCAGAGUUGCACGUGUUUGUAAGAAUGACAACGGCGGCUCGCCAAGGGUGCUGGAACGUUACUGGACGUCGUUCCUCAAAGCGCGGCUGAACUGCUCCGUGCCGGGCGACUCCUUCUUCUACUUCGAUGUUUUACAGUCGCUGACGAACGUGCUGCAGAUCAACCACCGGCCGGCCGUGCUCGGUGUCUUCACCACGCAGGCCAACAGCAUCACGGGCUCUGCAGUGUGCGCCUUCUACAUGGACGACAUUGAGAAGGCCUUCAGUGGGAAAUUCAAAGAGCAGAGGAACAGUGAGACGGCGUGGACACCUGUUCCUGAGGAUCAGGUCCCCAAACCAAGGCCGGGAUGCUGCGCUGGCGAGGGCUCAGCCGCCGCCUACAAGUCAUCCACCACCUUCCCCGAUGAGACGCUGACCUUCAUCAAGUCGUACCCGCUGAUGGACGAGUCCGUCCCCUCGGUCAAUGACAGACCCUACUUCACCCGCACCACCAGCAGGUUCAAGUUGACCCAGAUCGCCGUGGACACGUCUGCGGGGCCGUAUAAGAACUACACCGUGGUGUUUCUGGGCUCAGAUAACGGCCAUGUGCUGAAGAUCCUGGCGAGCACCGAGGGCGCCAACGCCUCCUUCAGCACGCAGCUCCUGGAGGAUAUCGACGUCUACAACCCCAACAAAUGUAACGUACGGGGCGAGGACAGGAGGGUGCUGGGUCUGGAGCUGGAUCGGGAUCAUCACGCCUUGUUCGUGGCAUUCUCCAGCUGUGUGAUCCGUGUGCCGCUGAGCCGCUGCUCCGACUACAGCACCUGUAAGAAGAGCUGUCUGUCUUCUCGGGACCCGUACUGUAUCUGGCUGAGGUCGGGCAGCUGUGCCACCGUCUCACCUGGCAUCAAAGGCGGCUUUGAGCAGGAUGUGGAGAGUGGCUCCCAGCAGCAGCCUGAUACCUGCCACGACGUCCUGGCGACCACUCGGAAGCAGAACACGGCGCUGGAUUCAGCGUAUGGGAAGACCACACCCACAAGCGCCAGCACAACCUAUCAUGGGGCGGCAUUCCCAAAGGAGGCAGGUGACCCUGAAAGAGGUACAGGUCCUGAUGGCCCUCCCCCCGUGGGGGAACAAGGGUCACCUGACUCGGAGCCAAUCAGUGUGGAGAUGGAGGGUGUGAGGCGUCCGCCCGACCUGGACAAGACCAACCACAGCGUCCACUACACCCUCCUCAUCGCCUGUGUUCUGGUGGCCUUUGUCCUCGGAGCCUUCCUCUCCGGCUUCCUGGUCUCCUGCUACUGUAAUCACGUGGGCCACAAGACCAAGAAACUGGCGAAGGAUCCCGAGGCGCCAAUCCCGCACGCGCUGUCGCUCCGCAGCCUCGCCAAACUCAACGGGCUCCUGGACAGUCAGAGUAAGGACGACAAGCUGGAGGUGUCCUCCCCUAAGAUCUACAACUCCUUCUUCGCCAACAGCAAGGAGCACCACCCGCCACGCAGAAACGGACAUCACGCAAUGACCAUGGGGGACCUGGUCCACCCCCACCAUCACCACCACCUCCACCACUCCUCCGAGCUGUCUGGUCUGCCUACGCCCGACUCCACCCCCGAACUGCCAAUCAAGAGCAUGAAGGCCUUCAAGAACCAGUGGGAGAAGAACCAGAACUGCAACAACGCCAAGGAACCAAAGUCCCACAACGGUGGCUCCAGGCCAAGCUCCGCCCUCCUGCACCAGCAGGUCUUCCCCUACACCCACGGCCUGUCGAACGGGCAGCCGCUGGUUGGAGGUCACCUCCAUCCAGAGGAACGCAAAAUCCACAAUGUCGAGCGCGUGCUGUCUCAGCAGCCAUACGCCGGGUACUCCCAGAAGGUGAUGGAGGUGACAUCACUGGAUGAGCUCCUGAAGCACAUCCACGAGGCCAGCGGCGCCAAGAACUCCCAGUUAAUGAGCCCAUCAGGUCUGAUGGCCUGUGGCGGUGGAGGUCAGCUGGCGUUCGCCAACCGCAUCCAGCCUCAGAUACCUGAGACAGAGUCCGCCCCCUACUACAGCUCGUCCACUCUACCUCGAGACAGCCUCACCCGACGCAUGGAUGUCCCUCCGGACAUUCCCCCACACCACCAGUCCACCCUGGAGAGGAGACACUCCUCCCAGAGGCACUCUCUGAUCGCCGCAGCCGCCAAGAUGCCCAAUGGAGGCGGAGUAGGAGGAGGGGGAGGAGGAGGAGGAAUGAUACCUCGCCAGCACAGCUUCAGCCAACGAAACGGUGUGCCUCACCAGCCGCCGCCCCUCCUGGCACGGAUGAACUCGACGGGCAGCGCCUGCGAGGUUCACUACCCGCUCAUCCCCAACGGGUACCUGACCCGCCAGCACAGCUACAAUGGAGAGCAGCCGGAUGUCCAACACAGGGGUGCCAUCGUCCGCCGGGCCUCCUCUCUCAAACCCGACGUCCCUCCCAAACCCUUGUUCAUACCCGCCACGUCCCCCGUCAGCCAGCAGGGAAAGUUCAACUACUGAGGAGGUCCACACCUGGACUGCAGAGGGACCGCCCCUCAGUGCGUCCUCUCACAGGAACUUCCCUCUGAGGAAAGGCUUCGAGGUCUCAGACCUUCAACUGUGGACGAAAGCCUCAACCAAACUUGUUUGUCCCUCCUCUUUUUGUCCGACGGAUAUCUUUGUACCAUAUUGGUAUUGCUCAGCUACUUGCUUAUAAUAGAACCGCUGACUCAGGUGACGUGACGCCACCACUUCCUGUUUAGGCUGCCGAUGUCCUCAGUGUGGAUUUAUAACGUUGGAAGAACUUUAACAUCAGUCAUCUCCAAGACUUAAAGCUCCUGCGAUGCUUAGAUUCAUGCUUUGCUUCAAACCUUUUCUGAUGUAGUGUUGGUAACCAGUCCCUGCCCCCUCGCCCCCAUGCCCCGCCCCCACCCUCGAAUGUGUUUAUAUUAUGCAUGUGUGUGUAUAUAUAUGUGUGUUUAUAUCCACACCGUAUAUGUAUACAUAUACAUAUGCAGUAUAUGUAACCUGUGGUGAACAGAUUCCCCAGAGAGUAGUUCUGUCUUUGCCUUACUAUACUCUGUCAUCUCUGGGCGUAUCAAACAGGCCCUGCCCCCCGAGAGAGACAUCCCAUCAUGCACUUCAUCCACACAUCGUCGGCUGGCUCCAAACACUGAACCAAAUGUGUCGGUGUUGAUGAGAGAAAGGAAGUCCUUCAACGAAGCAGCUAUUCUCGUCUUUUCUCUCUUUUCUUUUCCCGUCGCAGCAGACGGCGUGUCAGAACAGACGCCAUCUGGUCCAUUCAGCAUCCUCCAGAAUGUUUCCAUGAGAUCGGUGCUCCACACGCCCGCCGGCUCCUCCCACAUGGUAAUAAGAGAAUGUUUGGACCCAAAGAGGACGAGUCAAAGAGCCGUCUGGUGUCUGAGGACGAAGACAAAACGUAGAACGGACUGCACUUACUCUGAUUAUUAACUCUGUGGCUCCUGGUUGUAAAUAAAGGAAUAAUUACUAGCCAAAUUUUAA